UCCGAGGAAGACAACCUGAUGGUUUUGGAGAUAAGACUUACAGAACCAUAUUUAGACACAUUGCAAGCUUCAUUGACCCAGGAUCCUGGACUGAAAAAACAGGAAGAGACCUUGAGUUUUUUCCUCAACAGUCCAGUGGGGAUUCUUGUGGUGUCUACAUGCUGAUGUAUGUUUUCAGCAUCUGCACAUCAUGUCCCUUAACAUUCACAGAGGAGGAGGUGCCAUUGAUUCGCCAGUGGUGGUGCAUUAACCUCAUUGAAAGAUUUUGCCUAGAAGGGCAUGGACAGAGGUUUGCAUACUGGACCGAAGAAGCAUCCCAACUCCUUCAGGGGAUCGUUGAGCCUGUGUUUAGGGUGUCGAAAUUCACCACCACCAAACUGUCACCCAGCAGAAGAGUUGUGGAUGACAAGGACAUUGAUAAGGUGCAGCAGCCAACCAUUGUCCGAGACCUAAAUACAGCGUGGUACUGGGUACAGAAUCACAGACACUUAUUCCGUGGGGAGGUGACAGAGCCUGCCUUUUUGCAGAUGAACAGGGGUGAUCAACAAAAUGCCAUCAAGAACCUCUUGGGGGGUCAAUUCUCUGAGGCGAAGGAUGCCUUUUUGUUUAUAUUUCAUUACCAAGAAGACAUGGAAACAUUUUUGUCGUACUGUGUUGAUGACCAAGGCCUAAAGGUCAAUGCUAUGUUCUACAAAGAGAAAUGUAGUGUGUGAGUGUGUGUGCGCGUGUGUGAGUGAGUGAGUGUGCGUGAGAGAGAGAGCGUGAGAGAGAGUGUGCAUGUGCGUGCGUGUGUGUGUGUGUGUGUGUGUGUGUGUGUGUGCGAGAGUGUGCGUGAGUGAGUGAGUGAG